UGCUGCAGCGGCUGCCGGUGGGCCUGGGGCUGCCGGCUGCGACCCCGACCGACCGACCGGGACUGAGCUGCGGGCGGCGGGCGGGCGAGCCGGGCCUCCAGGAGGGAUGCCUCCCGGCUGGACGCGCAGGAACUGCCAGCGGCCCCCCUCGCGAUGAUCCCCGCCGCGAGCAGCCCCCCUCCGGGAGAGGCCCUCUUCCCCGCUGCGGCACCCCAGGACUUCUGGAGGUCCCCGAUCUCGGGCUACGUGGGGUCUGCCACCCGGCACAUCAGCCACCGGGCCAACAACUUCAAACGACACCCCAGGAGGAGGAAGUGCAUUCGCCCCUCCCCGCCCCCGCCCCCCAAUACCCCGUGUCCCAUCGAGCUGGUGGACUUCGGGGACCUGCACCCCCAGAGGUCCUUCCGGGAGCUGCUCUUCAACGGCUGCAUUCUCUUUGGCAUCGAGUUCAGCUACGCCAUGGAGACGGCCUAUGUGACCCCCGUGCUCCUGCAGAUGGGCCUCCCGGACCAGCUGUACAGCCUGGUGUGGUUCAUCAGCCCCAUCCUCGGAUUCCUUCUGCAGCCGCUCCUGGGUGCUUGGAGUGACCGAUGUACCUCAAGGUUUGGACGGAGGCGCCCUUUCAUUCUUGUCCUGGCCAUAGGGGCGCUGCUGGGCCUCUCGCUCCUGCUCAACGGCCGGGACCUGGGCGCGGCGCUGGCCGACUCGGCGGGCGACCACCGCUGGGGCCUCCUGCUCACCGUGUGCGGGGUGGUGCUGAUGGACUUCAGCGCCGACUCGGCCGAUAGCCCCAGCCACGCCUACAUGAUGGACGUGUGCGGCCCCGCCGACCAGGACCGCGGCCUGAGCAUCCACGCGCUCCUGGCAGGGCUUGGCGGCGGCUUCGGGUACGUGGUCGGGGGCAUCCACUGGGACAGGACCGGCUUCGGGCGAGCCCUGGGCGGGCAGCUGCGGGUCAUCUUCCUCUUCACGGCCGUCAUCCUGAGCGUCACCACCGCCCUGACGCUGCUCAGCAUCCCCGAGAGGCCCCUGCGGCCCCCGGGCGAGAAGAGGCCCCCCAUGAAGAGCCCCAGCCUCCCGCUGCCGCCCUCCCCGCCCGUCCUGGGCCAGGAGGGCACCGGAGGCUCCGUGCCCGGUCACCCGGACAACGGCCCGUAUGCCAGCUUCUCCAGCCCCAUCUCCCCGCUCAGCCCCCUCACGCCCAAGUACGGCAGCUUCCUCAGCAGGGACAGCUCCCCGACCGGGCUCAGCGCCUUCGCCUCGUCCUUUGCCACCUCCCACAUUGACAGCGUCCUCAUUGACUGCUUCACGGGCGGCCACGACAGCUACCUGGCCACCCCGGGCGGCUACCUGGCCAUCCCGGGCGGCACCCCGCGGCCAGCCCUCAGCGUCAGUUUCCCCCGGGCCCCCGACGCCUUCUACCGCCAGGACCGCAGCCUCGGCCAGGACAGCGGCCUCGGGCAGCGGCGGGAGGUGGCCCUGACCACCAGCUGUGACGCGGACGUCCUGAGGGUGGGCUCCCUGGACACCUCCAAGCCGCGAUCGGCCGGGAUCCUGAAGAGACCCCAGACCUUGGCCCUCCCGGACGCGGCCGGAGGAGGUGGUCCCGACACCAGCAAGAGAAGGAACGUGACCUUCAGUCAACAGGUGGCGAACAUCCUGCUGAACGGCGUGAAGUACGAGAGCGAGCUGCCGGGCCCCAGCGAGCCGGCGGGGCCGCCUCUGUCCAUGCGGCACCUCUGCUCCACCAUCUGCCACAUGCCCUGGGCGCUGCGCAGCCUGUGCGUCAACCACUUCCUGGGCUGGCUGUCCUUCGAGGGGAUGCUGCUCUUCUACACGGACUUCAUGGGCGAGGUGGUGUUUCAGGGGGACCCCAAGGCCCCGCGCACGUCGGAGGAGUAUCGGAGGUACAACAGCGGCGUCACCAUGGGCUGCUGGGGGAUGUGCAUCUACGCCUUCAGCGCCGCCUUCUACUCAGCGAUCCUGGAGAAGCUGGAGGAGCGCCUCAGCAUCCGCACGCUCUACUUCGUGGCCUACCUGGCCUUCGGCCUGGGGACCGGGCUGGCCACCCUGUCCCGGAACCUCUACGUGGUCCUGUCCCUGUGCGUGACCUACGGGAUCCUGUUCUCCACGCUGUGCACGCUGCCCUACUCGCUGCUGUGUGACUACUACCACAGCCGGGAGUUUGCAGGGUCCAGCGCGGACGGCACGCGGCGUGGCAUGGGCGUGGACAUCUCGCUGCUCAGCUGCCAGUACUUCCUGGCCCAGAUCCUGGUCUCGCUGGUGCUGGGGCCCCUGACCUCGGCUGUGGGCAGCGCCAAUGGGGUGAUGUACUUCUCUAGCCUGGUGUCCUUCCUGGGUUGCCUCUACUCCUCCCUGUGUGUCGUCUACGAGAUCCCACCCAGCGCAGCCGCCAAUGAGGAGCACCAGCCCCUCCUGCUGAACGUGUGAUGCCCGAGCCCCAGCUUGUGCCAAGGUGUCUGGAGCCAGUGGGAGCCAAAGGGCCUUGGCAGUGAUGGACAGGUCUCCUGUUGGAAUGUAAAUAUGUGAUAAAACAAUAAACGGCAGCAGCAAAGCCUGUGGUUUCUCGUGUGGCUCUCCGAGGAGGAGUGAGAGGCCACCUGGGGAUGGGGCCACUUUCCACG